AUCGCCAGUCUUUCUAUCGACACAAUAAAAUUAGUAUUUCGGUCAAAAAUGAAUGAAAUUACGAUCAGUGGCCCGGAAGCGCAGCCCACAACAUUAGCAAAAAAGGUUCCCAGUAAAUAUCUUCUACUUGCUGUUUGGGCAGCUGGGAUUGGUGGAACAUUUCAAUAUGGCUACAAUAUAUCCAUAAUAAAUGCACCUACCAAGGCUGUGCAGAACUUUAUUAAUCAGACCUGGACGGAGCGCUACAGCACUGAAAUCUCCAGUGAUAUGUUAACCCUCCUCUGGUCCAUCAUCGUCUCCAUCUUCACUAUCGGUGGGCUUGUAGGAGCGUCUGUCGGAGGAACACUGGCUAUUAGAUUCGGAAGGAAAGGGACUCUACUGUUCAACAACACCUUUGCUCUGUUGGCUGCUUUGUUCAUGGGUUUAAGUUAUCCUGCAAGCACUUUUGAGCUUUUAGUCAUUGGACGCUUCCUGACAGGAGUAAAUGCAGGUAUUGCGAUAUGUGUUCAGCCUCUGUACAUUGGAGAAAUUGCACCUCGGGCUCUGCGUGGAGCAAUGGCCAUGGGAACCUCCAUCUUCAUCACCGGAGGAAUCCUGACAGGACAGGUUAUGGGCCUCAAAGAAUUGUUAGGAAAGGAUGAGUACUGGCCGAUCCUCUUGUCCACCAUCUGUAUUCCAGCCGUCCUGCAGCUUCUGACUCUGCCCUGGUUCCCGGAGAGUCCUCGAUACCUGCUCAUCGACCGAGGGGACGACAUCGCCUGCCAGAAGGCUCUAAUGUGGUUCCACGGCCAGGAUAAGUACCACGGAGAAAUGGAGGACAUUGAAAGAGAAAGGGUCAGCGCUCUCGGCAUUAAACCCAAAAAGCCUUGGGAGCUUUUUACGGACAGAAGUAUCCGCUGGCAGCUCCUCACUCUCGUGGUGAUCCACACGUCCCAGCAACUCAAUGGCAUUAAUGCGAUUUAUUUCUAUGCAGACUACGUGUUCACCCAGGCUGGGAUUCCAGAUGACAAGAUUCCUUAUGCUACAGUGGGAACCGGAGCCUGCGAGUGCAUCACUGCACUGACCUGCGGUCUUCUGAUCGAGUCUUUGGGAAGAAGAGCUCUUAUUAUCGGAGGUUAUACUCUGAUGAGCGUGUGCUGCAUUUGUUUCACCAUCGCACUCACUUUUCAGGAUUCAAGCCCUUGGGUUCCCUACCUUAGUAUGGUCUGUGUUUUGGCCUUUAUCCUCAGUUUUGGCCUUGGUCCAGGUGGAGUGACAAACAUUUUAACAACAGAGCUGUUCACACAAACCGAUCGGCCUGCCGCAUACAUGAUCGGUGGCUCAAUCAACUGGACCUCCUUCUUUGUGAUCGGCAUGAUCUUUCCAUUUAUUGUGAAUGGCCUCAAGCAAUACUGCUUCCUCGUUUUCCUGGUCAUCUGCUUAUUGGUGGCCACGUACAUCUUCUUUGUGGUCCCUGAAACCAAAAACAAGACCUUUCUGGAGAUUCAGAACGAAUUUAAGUCUAGAAAGAAGAUCAUUAAUGCCAACGGCACUGAGGGCCCUCUGCUGUCCACACCAAUGUAAUGCACACAUACAGUAUGACUGCACUUUAAAGGGUUUUACGAUGCUACUGUAUUGAAUAUAUGCAUUCAUCUGCCAAAAUGGAAAUAUAAGAUCUGCAAACACUGAAGUCAGAAUUAUUAGCCCUUUUGUAUAUUAUAUAUAUAUAUAUAUAUAUAUAUAUAUAUAUAUAUAUAUAUAUAGAGAGAGAGAGAGAGAGAGAGAGAGAGAGAGAGAGAGAGAGAAAUUUUAACACAUUUAUAAACAUAACAGUUUAAACAACUCAUUUCUUACUGAUUUAUAUUAUAUUUACCAUGAUGACAGUACAUAGUAUUUGACUAGAUAUUUUUCAAGAUACUAGUAUUCAGUGACAUUUAAAGGCUUAACUAGGUUAAUGAGGAAAUUCAUUGUAUAACGAUGUUUUGUUCUGUAGUCAAUUUAAAAAUAUAUAGCCUAAGGGGGAUAAUAAUAUUGACAUAAAUAUUACAUAAAUAUUGAUUAAUAUUUAAAAAAAAUUAAAAACUACUUUUAUUCUAGCCGAAAUAAAACAAAUAAGACUUUUUCCACAAGAAAAAAUAUUAUAGGAAAUACUGUUAAAAAAUUCUUGCUCUGUUUAACAUCAAUUGGGAAAUAUCUGAGAAACUCACAGGAGGGCGAAUCAUUCUGACUUCAACUGUAUAAUUGUGUGUGAAGUUAUUGACACACACAGACGCUGCACUACAUCAUGUGCCUUCAGCUUGAAUACUGUCCUUUUUGUUAGCAGGGGCAGUCACAUGACAGGAGGGACUUUCAAUUGUAUUUUGAAUGUGUUUUAUACAAAUUAGUAUGGCUGAAACUAUUAUGCAGCAACGUAUCAUAUAGAAUUUCUCCUGUGAUACCGAUAUUUUUUGUUAGUCUUCAAUAAUGCAAAAUGGAUCCAUAUGAGGAACUGGAGUCUCAUGAAAUCACUGCAAUCAUGUUUAAAUUUAUUUUACAGUUUAGUCUACAAUUUUAAUAUUGACAAUAAAGGAUUUUUUCAAUCUAAAAA